ACGAAACAAAAAGCCAAAUCCAACAAAAACCCACAUCGAAAUCGAAAACCAAUACAUCUUUCCCAUUUCAAAAAGUAAAAGAGAAAUCCAGAUGCUCACGCAUAUUAAAUUAAUUUAAACCCCCUGCCUGGCUCACAUUUUCCUUUAUAUUAUAUAAUAUUAUUCUCUUUUCCAUUUCGCAUUUCCUAAACCAAAUUUCGUUCUCUCAUAAUCAUCAUUCUACAGAUCCCAGCCCAACCCAACCCACCAUUUUAUAUAUAUAUGUAUACGAAAUUAGUCCUGUGCACAAGUCGUAUUGUAUUUGUACAGUGUUUUUAAACAUAAUUUCAAAUUGUCCUCCUUUAAUUCUUUUCUUUUUUUUGGUCCCUCUGGCUUUAGUGCUUGCCCCACCUCCAUGUCUUCGGUGUUGAGCUCACAAGGUUUGGUACUAGCAACAGCUAUGGCUGUUUCAAGUACGGUUCUUUUUCUUGCUUUUUCUCGGCACAAGACUACUUUCCUACCAACCCAAUUUUCUGGGACUGGGAGUUACAACGAUUCCCAGCAACCCAAGAAACAUGUUCUACGUUCUUGUUUGUGUUCAGGUGACAGUAGAAAAAAGAAGCAAAGGAAGAAAAAGAAAGUGCAAUUCGCAGAGAAUGUGAAGGAACCGAGUGGGAAUGGAGAAGAAUUCAAGAAGCAGCACAAGAAGACAAGCAAAAGUGAAAAAAGCAGUAAUUCCAGAAACCAAAUGUCAGGGAUCCGAGGAAUGCCUGCCAAUCGGAUUGCUCUGUACAAUGGUAUUCUCAGAGAUCGUGUGCAUAGGAUGGAAUGCUCCUACUGAUCAUUCUGGACUUUCUUUUCCUUUCUUUUCUUUUCUGGUUUUUAGCUGACCACAACAAAAAUCUUUCUUUUCUGUGGUUGUAAAUACUUUUAACCUUUUUGUACAAUUUUAGGGGGCUUAAUUUUUUAAAGGAAAAAAAAAAAGUAUUUCUUUCUGUUUCAUUAGUUUCAUAGGUAUUACAACAUCAUAUAUAUAUAUAUAUAUAUAGUUUUGAACAUUCUCAGUUAAUAUAUCAAAAUAAAAUUUUACAUUUCAAAA